AAAUGCGCUUCUGGUCCUGCGGAACGGAGCUUCCACUUCUACCUGCGUGCAUCUUCGCGCACUGCUCCGGGUGCUGAGCUUUCUUCGCCGUGAUCACGGGAGCUAUCCCAUGGUGUCGACCGUCACGGGCGCAGUCCCGCCGCUCACCUCCUUACCCCCUAUAGUAGAACGGCGAAGGUCCGACUCCUCCUCUAAAAGCAAGUUGCAUAACAGCAUUUACGAUGGUCUUCCCAGCGCGCACCAUCCAGCGUCCGAACUAUGGGACAAUGGGCAUAGCGCGUCGGAUAAGAAACAUCUUGCGAGCCGAGAGCCCUAUUUGCGUAGGUCACUGUCGAGAACUGGGCCCGUGCAGCUCGGGCUAGGAUUCGACCACUUCGGGAGUCCCGGGGUCGCCAACUUAAGGCUUGGACGGACGCGGUCGCAGAACAGCCUUGUCGGUGGCCCCAGCUUAGCAAGGAUGCAGAAACCCGAUGUAGCCGUCGUAAACGCCGCUGGAAACGAUGAAAAGGACAGCAAUGGAAUGCUCUUGCAAGAUGCAAAUGAAACUACGCGACCUGCGUCCUCACCACCAUCGCAGUCUCGACUCAAAUGGUUGAAAAGCGCCGGGAUUGAACCACAAGCCCGCAGGUCGAGCGAUGAUCUCGCCAAAUCAGAAGCCUCUUCCUCAGGUCCACUCCAACAGGACAUCACACACACACCGCAUCAGCCGACAACCGAGCGACCAACGAGUCGGCCCACAUCGCGUCGAUCAGUCAUCACAAAACCCCUACCACCACACGAUCCCAUCACCGAGACCGAUGCUAGCGUUAAUUCCAAUGCCACGUCCCCACAACUGCGCAGGAAGCGAGGUGGAUGGUGGGAUGGAACAGCGGACCGCGAGAACGAGAUUCAGCGCGUGAAGGAUAUGGUGCGCCAGAAUAUCCAUGCGCGGUCGGGGUCGGAAAGGAGCGGGUCUACCGGAGAGGACGGGCUGGGCAAUGGUGUUGCGGACUGUAUGGUCGAGUCGAAUGGAGCGAGCAGUAUGAUUGAAGAGACCCCUGAUGUGGGUGGGUUGGGCACGGACGAGGCUGGAAAGUGUGAGGAUACGGGGAACAGAGCUGCCAGAUUACGGAAACGGAAUAGUUCGGUAUUGAUGAAGUCGAUUCUUAGUGGGAACGAUGCGGUCGAAGCGACCGACUCUCAGCGCGACGUGAUUACUGGUAAUUCGCAUCCCAGGAAGAUAUCCACGGGCGCUGAUUUCGAGCCUCAGACAAGGGGUCCGAGGAAGGAACAGCAACUGCUAUCACCCUCUGCAUCCGCCCCGACUAAAGUGGACAGAUCUGCAGCUAAGGUUUCGCACUCGAGACCUGCCCGCAAUGGCCAUAGCAGAGGAGAGGCCUCUACAGGAAUGGGUUCUACCCGUCCAGGCAGCAUCGCUUUAGCAGCCGAACACUCACCUCCAGACACCACAGACGACACGAACAUCUCCGAUCCCUGUGACGCCGCAGCCCUCUCAGCUGCCCUCAACCGCGAACAAGAACUCAAAGCCCAAAUAGCAGCUCUCGAACAACAACUCCAAAACCUCCGCACCUCAUCCCACACCCCUCUCCAAGCCCUCACCCACCUCCCCUCCCCCGAAACAGCCCCUCCCGUCCCCCCACACCUCGUCGCCCUCAUCCUAACCGACCAAGCCCAAACAGCCGGCCUCGCAAACGUCGUCCUCGCCCUCUGUCGCGAAAAGGGAACAAUAGGCAAUGUAUCCCGCGGCCUGGUGCUCCGCCGGCACCUCGAUGCGAGACGGAUGGGGGAGGCUGUGCAGCUUGUGCGGGAUGUGGCCAAAUCGAAAUCCCCGGUCAAAGAUACCGACGAGCAGCAUAAAGCGGCAUUCGAAGACCUAGCCUUUGUGCUUGCAAAAUACUGGUUCAUCCAUCUCGUGCAAUGCGACGACACACCCACCGCGCAGAAGGUUUUGGACACCCUACUGAAACCGAAAGUCGAGCGGGAGGUGGCGGGGGCGAGUAAAGGGCGCGGGGAGUGGUUUGCGAAGGAUUUGGGGUUACUCCUGGAGCUGUUGAGUGAGCAGGGUGAUAAGGAGACGAAUCCGUAUGUGGACUUGCAAUGGUAUGAUGAGCUUACGACGUUUUGGGAGGCUGGGAAGCGGUGGAGGCGGCUGUACGUCAGCAACUCGAGCGGGACACAACCAAUGGCAGGAGAAGAGGUGCCACCGGAUCGGAGCAGCGAGCCGUUGUUUGCGCGCGCGUUGGGAGAGUUUUUCAUGGAUGAUGAGGUUGGGGAGGAGGAUGAGGAGAUUAGGUUGGAGAGUGUUGUGCUGGCGAGUCGGAAUUGGCGGAGGGCUAGGAAGUUGUUGGAUGAGAUGGAGGAGGGGCAUGCGGGUGAUGGGCACAGGAGUCUGGGGCCGCCGUUGGAGAAGGCUGUGAGUCGCGAGUCAACCGCCGAUGCGGAGAUAGGGACGGUGAAUGGAGUCAAUCACAAAGGCACGGCACGAUCUCGGAAAAAAAGUUCGAAGCAGCUACCCAAACAAGAAGAGGGCGCAAACGGAUCAGCCCGGGUUCCUACCGCCGACGAACUUCCAGAUUUGCUCACCACGCCACCGAAAAACUCGCGCGGAGUGAAACGAACUUCUCCAGGCGCGGCUCCCGCCGCAUCUCACGCGCAAGCACAGGCAUCAGCCUCACCCGCAAAAAAGAACGAUACCCAACACGACGGGUCCGGCCCCAAAAACCGGAGGAGAUCCACCCAAGGCGAGGGCAAACCACCCCGCGACACCCACGACACCCAAAGCGCCGCCGACCCCGACCGCCACAGCACUCACACCUCUCACUCCCACUCCUUCCUCAAAGACCCCGACGCCGACCUUCCCCCACCGCCCACCCACUUGUCCUCCGCCGACUUCGCCCUCUCAACAACCUGCGGGCCCGUCCUCAACGAGAUCCGCGCCCUCGACGUAACAAGCGUCUCCAAAACGGGCCAAAUCGUCGCCGCGACCGCCGGCUCCCACGACCGCUCCGAUAAACGCAUCUCCAUCUGGGACGCGCGCACAGGCUCCCUCCUCACACAAUUGGAAAACGGGACCAGUAAACCCGUCACCUGUCUCGUCUUCCACCCGGAAUCACCCUACCUCCUCCUCUCCGCCGACAUGGAAUUCGACGUCAAACUCUGGGACUGGCGCACCGGCACCGUCCUCCGCACAUGGAAGAAACUGCACACCCGCAUCAUCUUCCGCGUGUCCGUUGUCCCCGGCGGCGACUACGACCGCGCAGCCACAUGCUCAGGCGACCAGUCCAUCAAGAUCUUCUCGAUAGAAGAAACGAAUGGAGCCGUAGAAUCAUCCGUGCAUGCGAACGAACCGUUCACGUCGUUUGUGUUUGUGGGCAACGCCGGUGAACCGAAUCAGAUGAAUCUGGUGGCGAGUUUGAGUUACUCGAUUAGGAUUUAUCGCGUUAGGACUACUACGCUGCUGCAUACGAUUCAAUUGGGGGAUUUGAAGGCUAACAAAACCCCGAUAACCUCCCUCACCCCGCACCCAACCCACCCAACCUACCUCCUCAUCUGCUGCGACAACCAACUCCGCCUCUUCAACCUCCUCACGGCAUCCACCGUCAAGAUCUACCAGUCCCGCUCCAUCCCCGCCGGCAUCCGCGUCGACGGCGCGUUCAGUCCGUGUGGCGGGUGGGUGUAUUGCGGGACGUGGGAUGUCAAGGGAAGAAUAAAACGGGAUAACCAUGUUGAGGGUACCGGUGCCGAGGCCGCGAGGAGAUCGAGUAAUGGUGGGGGAAUGACCGGCGGCGUGGUGGUGUGGAAAGUGCAUACGGGUAGAGUGGAGAAGCUGGAUUGUGGGGUAGAUGUGAAUGUGUGUAGGUGGAUUGAGGCGAGGGAGCUCAAGAAAGGUGGGGGGGUGCUUGUGAGGAAGGUUUUGGUUGCUGCGGGGUUGGAUAGAGUUGUGCGGGUGUAUAUGUAGACUUUUUUGGGGAGAACGAUGAGGGUGUCACUAUGGAUUAUUUCUCUUUUGGGAUGGAUCUCGCUAUCGAUUGUUCUUUUUUUUUGGAUGUGAUAACGAUAACCCUACUAUUGUACAUGUACAUAACCUUUAGAAAUU